AACUGAACAAAUAACAGAAACAAGUCAUAUUAAUGUCAUAAAAAGUAGUCCUAUCUUGGGACGAUGGUUUUUGAUUGAUUGCUUUUCCUGGUCUGCUCGUGUUAGGAUUCGACAGUGCAUUACUUUGGCCUUAUAGUGCACUGUCAGACUGUAUUGUGGUGCAAUGGGGCGAAUUUUGUGUCAAUGUGUGCAAAAUUAAGUUCAUAGAGACAUCAGAUAUGUCAUGCGAAAAAUACACAUAUGAAUGAAUGUAAUUAAACUUCAGUACAGUUCGGAAAUUAUUGAAGACUACAGAGCGACUAUCAAAGCAGCAAGGAAUUAGCCCGCAGCUAACGGGUUGGUCUCAUUUGCUGUAGGAAUGGUUUUAAUGAUGGAGUCUCAGUGUGAGUAUUUUAUGUAUUUCCCUGCCGUUCCCAUUUCGGACCUGUCAGACCCGGCCAGGUAUCGGACCCUCCCGCGCCGCAGCAAUCUCUAUCUUGGCGAGACAGUUCGCUUUUUGCUGGUCUUACGCUGCAAGGAGGGGACGGCAGGCUCGGCAACUGGCAGCGGAUCGGAGAGCCCUAGCAGCCGGGCUUGGAGAGAGCUGGCCGGAUCUCUUUGUGCUGUGGCCAGCGUCAGCCCCGGCGAGAGCAGGCAGCGAACGCAGCCCCACCGAGACUAUCAGAGUAGCGGCGAUGAGGGCGCUGAAGAGGGCGACGACGAGGAGAACGGUGCGGCCAGCACGGGCAGGAGGGAGGCGAGGAGCCGGGGCUUCAGGGACUGCCAGCCUCUUCUUAUACACAACAACACGGGUAACGGCGGUCGGGAGUACCGCAGGGCUCCGCUGCAGUCUCCCCUGGAUGAACCGGUGGUGCUGCCUGACGAAGUCAUCUUCCCCUUGACUGUGUCCCUUGAUAAGCUCCCUGUCAGCACCCUCAAGGUCAAGGUCAUCGUAACCGUGUGGAAGCGGGACGUGGAGAAAGCAGAGGUUAGAGAGCACGGAUACCUCACCGUCCUGCAGCAGCGCAGCCCCAGUCAUACCUUUCGGCAUGACCUGAACACCUUCAAGGCGCAGGUUAGCACCACGCUGACUGUUUUGCCACCCCCUACUGUAAAGUGUCAGCAGAUGACCGUGUCUGGGAAGCACCUCACUGUCCUGAAAGUGUUAAACGGGUUCUCCCAGGAGGAGGUCUGCGUGCGAGAUGUGCGGAUCCUUCCCAACUUCAAUGCCUCGUACCUCCCUGUGAUGCCAGACGGCUCCGUGCUCCUUGUCGAUAACGUGUGCCACCAGUCCGGUGAAGUUGCCAUGGCGUCCUUCUACCGGAUGGACAGCCUGUCCAGCAGCCUUCCGAGCAUGCUCAGUGCACUUGAGGAACAUAACUUCCUCUUCCAGCUUCAGCUCAGCGACCAGCCUCAGGAAGACUCAAAGGAGGGGUUGGAGGUGCCCUUGGUAGCUGUCCUCCAGUGGUCCACAUCUAAACUUCCAUUCACCAACUGCAUCUAUACACAUUACAGGCUGCCCAGUGUAAGGCUGGACCGGCCACGCUUCGUCAUGACCGCCAGCUGCCCCAGUGCGGUGGAGGUGCGGGAGCGCUUCCGUGUCCGCUACACGCUGCUCAACAACCUGCAGGACUUCCUGGCCGUGCGUCUGGUGUGGACCCCUGAGGGUCGCGGCCCAUGUGAGGACCAGUCGGUCAGCGCAGUGGUGUGUCAUUCUCCUCUCAGCAACCUGGGUCACUGCCGAAAGGGCAGCACCUUGUCCUUCACCGUGGCCUUCCAGAUCCUGAGGGCCGGGCUCUUCGAGCUCAGCCAACACAUGAAGCUGAAGCUGCAGUUCACGGCCUCUGUCUCCAACCCACCCCCUGACGCGCGGCCUCUCUCCCGCAAGAACAGCCCAUCGAGCCCCGCUGUGCGGGAUCUGCUGGACCGUCACCAAGCCAGCCUGGGCCGUUCCCAGUCCUUCUCCCACCAGCAGCCUUCCCGAUCCCACCUCAUGAGAACAGGCAGUGUCAUGGAGCGUCGAGCUAUCACGCCUCCCGUGGGCUCACCCAUCGGUCGGCCAUUGUACCAGCCCCAGGAGAAAGCUAUCCUAUCUCUGGACAAGAUUGCCAAACGUGAGUGCAAAGUUCUGGUUCUGGAACCAGUCAGCUAAAGGGUUCGAGUGGCAUAGCGACGGAACGGACGGCCGACGGGGAAUGACGUCAGUGUCGGACGUAGGCGAACGGAACGCGACUCAAUCAUGAACAUGCAGUGACUAUACCUAAAUGCUGAAAGAUGAUAAUCCACUGGAGUCCGGCCUGUAAUAUUUCAGAUGCAGCCUGAAGGCCUGAUGGAAAUGAAUUCAGACCAACAGUUUCGCAAACCGGCUGUAGAGAAUAAAAGGAGCAGGCGGAACAUUUCUGACAGGCAGGCGUUUGUCAAAGGCCUGUGUCAGACUGUGCAUAGGAUCUCUGUGUUUUAAACUAGAAGGGUUAGUGGGCGUAAAACAUGAACAGUGUUAACAUACUGCACUCCGACAUCCAAUAUGCGCCAUGUACAAAUUUUAAGAGGAGUUUUAAGCUGGCACAAAUGGGUAUGAUAACGUUAUAGUAUUAUGUCAUCAUAAUAAUGAUAAUAGUCAUAGCCAUGGUCGUAGCAACAAUAGUUUGAAGUGUUAGUCAUAGAAAUUCAUCAGUAAUUGCAGCAACAUUCAUAUAGUCCUGGCAUUUUGCUUGUAGCAGUCGUGCGUUAUAGCUGGGACAGGGUGCCCUGUACGUUGGGGGUUAUGCACGCUGGGUGCAUGUGUGUGCAUGUGUUAAAGGACUGACAUUUUCUACAUGUUUGCAUCUGUGAACCCUGAUGUCUGUUUUUUUUUUUUUUAUUCCAUUAUUUGCUGCAGUUUUGUAUGUUAGUGUUUUGGGUCCAGGAUUUCAUUUCAGGUUCUGCGUUUGCUCUUAAGCGAGCUGCUGGAUAUUGGAGAUCCCUCAUUUUAACAUUGCACACCGUUCUUGCCCUUCAUCGGGGCCUCUCCUCUCCCCGUCCUCCCUGAUAGCGUCCUGUACGCAUUAUGUUUGGUCUUAUCUCCUCAUUCUAAUCCCGCACUGUCUGGUCGUGCCUGGUCUUCACCUCGCGAUCGCUCUCCCUUCCUCACAUUCCUUCUCACUCCAGGCACUUCUGGCAAGGUGUGGCAACUGUGCAAUGUUCCUUUAGACUUUCGGCUGGCAUUCAUCCGUCUGUCUGAAAUCGCUCACUGACACUUAUUUUGCCAUCACACAUCCUCCAUACUUGAUCUUAUCAUAGUUUGGUAUUAAUUCACUGUAACGGAAUGUUUACAUGCAUUGGGGGCACAAGGGUGGCCAGGCUGCACAGUUAUGCAACCAAAUGCGAGUGAGUAUUAUUUUGUACUAUAUUAACUUGUACUGUUUAGCCCAUGGGAGUUUUGUUUAAACAAAUAUGUUCUGAGGGCAGAAAGAAAAAUGAUAAUCAGAUAGAUAACCAAUCAGAUUGGUUGGUCCCACCUCGUCUACAAUCACAUGUCUUGGUUACCCUUCCCACAAUCUGAUUGGUUCAGAGAUAACCAAUCAUUUUUUGUUCUGUCCUCAGAACAUUUUUGUAAAACUCCACAAGCUACUGUUUGAGUCGUGACACUGGAUUAAGUGUUUCUUUUGGUGUGACGGCUGAGAGUGUAAGACUCAGCCCUGUAACUUGCCAUGAUAGCUAAGAAACAAGUGUGAGCUUCAAGAACUCUCCCCCAUUCAGGACACACGUUUUUUUUUGCUAUUUAAGGGGGUAUGUGUCUCCAUUUUGUCAGUCCGCAGGGGCUUCACUUCCCCAGUUGGCAUGUUUGGGACAAAGGGCACGUUGACAUGUGAGGAACCACAUUGAUGUACAAAGGAUGCUUGAUUUUUACAUUUUAUUUUAUUUUUUCCAUUGUUUUUAUUUUUGUAAUGAACAAAUACAUUUGUUCUCAUUCAUUUUAAGCACUUUAUGUAAGUUAUUUUAAACUCUGUUCUAUUGUUUCAGACCGAAUGGGGUUUUUCCCCUUCUGCUUGUUGACAUAAUUUUAAUUUUUAUAUGGAAACCGGAAUCCUAUCAUGUUCGAUAUGUUUACUGGCUGAGGGUUGGUCGUUUCACUCUAGCAAUUAAUAAAAUGCAGUAAAAUUGGCAA